CUACAUGUCCAAGCACAACAAAAGUUGGGAACAAAAGUUGGGAUCAAACCAUCUUUCUAAGAAAUCUGGGAAGAGAGGAAGGAGAAAAAAAAAAUGAAAAUGGUGCAAAAUGAAAUCAGAAAGGGUCCAUGGACUGAACAGGAAGACAUUCUCCUGAUCAACUUUGUGCACCUGUUUGGAGAUCGACGAUGGGAUUCUAUUGCUAAAGUUUCAGGGUUGAACAGAACUGGGAAGAGUUGCCGGCUGCGAUGGGUUAAUUAUCUGCACCCUGGACUCAAAAGGGGGAAGAUGACACCCCAAGAAGAGAAACUUGUGUUGGAACUUCAUGCCAAAUGGGGGAAUAGAUGGUCCAGAAUUGCUCGGAAAUUACCAGGGCGAACGGAUAAUGAGAUCAAGAACUACUGGAGGACUCACAUGAGGAAGAAGGCUCAAGAAAGGAAGAGGACUAUGUCUCCAUCAUUGUCAUCUUUCAACAGUUCCUCAACAUCAAAUAUUACAACACAGAAUUCAUCACCUUUCCCUGAGACUGCAGAAGCAAGUUUUUAUGAUACAGGAGGGCCUGAAUCAUCAUCUUCAGGAGGACAAAUCAGUGAGGCAGAACAAGAAGGUGAAAAAGGGUACUCUAUGGAUGAUAUAUGGAAAGAUAUUGAAAACAGUAUUGAACCGGCUUAUGAUGGGUUUAGUGAAGAAGGGUGCAAUUUCUCUUCUUUUUCAAUUGCAUCUCCUUCAUGGGAGUAUUGCUCAGACACACUGUGGAGGAUGGAUGAAGAGGAGAGUAAGAUGUUUCUCCCUUACGAGUGUGGGACAGUGUUUUUAACAGGCUAACCAGAAAUUCUUUAUUUAUAUUUCUUCAUAGAAGUGAUAUUUCUCUGAGGAAGCUCUAACCUGUACAGCAUGGGUUUUCUCUUAAGCUUUCUGCCAUGUUAUGCAUAACCUAUGUCCCUGUGUUUGCGUGCUUUCAAAUUUCAGAGAGGAAGAGAGAGCCUUAACAAAUCUCCUCUAAGGAGAUCGUUAUGUUCAAAUGAUGUAUGAUAGAACCUUUAAGUUUCACUGUUGAAUGAAGCUGAUGCAACAUUAAAAUCCAAAA